AUGGCUGGGGCCGUGAACAUCGGUCAGUACGAAGAGCAACCUCAUCACUCAACCCCUCAUCGAUACUCCAUUGACAUCGUCUCACAACUCAAAUACCAUACCAUGUCUGGCUUCAACAACUGGGUUUCCACCAACGUGCAGGUCAUCAUCACCGAGAUUGGAACGGCAACUACAGCUAGCAACAGCUUCAACUUCGUCAUGAAGAGCGACCAGGGUGCUAUCUGGUUCGUGAGCGGCAAGACUGGCAAGGCCUCGCACAACUGGGGCUUGGACCCAAGCGUGGGGCUGCCUGCCUUCACCACGCUCGCGAAUGCCUGCUAUAUCAGUGAAAUCACUGCCACGCUCAACUGGACUGGUGAUGCUAACUGGGCGGUGAACUGGAAGGCCAAGCUUGCCAAUGGAGGUGUCCAUUUCGCAUGA